GAGAGGAAGAGAUAUUGCUAAGUUUAAUCCUUAACGCUUAAAAUGGUAGAUAUUUUAUUCAAUGAAAAACUUAAAAAUGAAUUUUAUCACGGCAGUUUGUGAUUUGACGUUUGGAGUGAAGACAAAAACCAUUGAGGUCACUAAAACGAACAUUAUUACAUGCAUAACCAAUUCUAGAAGGUAAAGUCUCUUUUUUCAUCAAGCGUUCGUGUUUCAUUUUUCCUUUUACUGAAGCUUAGAACUGCUCAAUAGGAUUUAGCUCAGAUUUAUCCUCAUCCGUAAUAUCAAGGAGCUCGUUUACAGACUUAAUAAAAUGAGCAGUUGUUAUACUUUUUGGUGCUGGUUUUACAUCAACUGCAUUAGUGCCAUCCUCCUGAUUUCCUUCGUCGUCGUCAGUCUCAGCUGCAUCCCUUUUCUUUCUACUGUUAUUCUCUCUCUCUCUCUCUCUCUUUUUUUUUUUUUUUUUUUUUUUUUUUUUUUUUUUUGAAUUAUAUUUAAUAUCAUUAUUGAAUUAACAAAAAGAUCAUUACAUACAAUAGAAUGAGAUCAAUUUCUUACAAUAAAAAGAUGGAUAUUUUAGCAAAACUUAAUGCUAAGGAGACUAAAUAUGCAAGA